AUGAGGGUGGCUCCAAAACGAUCCCGACAGCUGGCCAAAUUGCUGUGCUUUUCAGCUGCACCUGUGGCUCUUCCCAGCUUACUCUUUGCCCAGUCCAGCAAGAUGGAUACAAGCGCUGGAGCCAGCCCAAUGUGGGAGGACAUGUGGUCCAAGGGUUUGAAGCCGAAGGAGAAGUUCGAUGUUGGCGAGGCAUCGCCAACGUUGAUGGAAGUGCUGGAGCUCAAGUCAUUGGGUGACUGCAAAGGCAAGAAAGCUCUAGUGCCUGGUUGCGGCCGCGCCUACGAUGCGAUUGCGCUCGCCGAGUAUGGCUUUGACAGUGUCGUUGCUGUGGAUAUCUCUGCCACAGCGGUUGAGUCUGCCAAAGCAUUUCUAGCAGAAAGCAAGAGCCCAGCAGCAGACAAAAUCGAGAUCAUCUGUGCCGACUUCUUCACGUUUGACUUGGAGCCCAAGGCAGAUGUCAUUUGGGACUGCACUUUUCUAUGUGCACUUGAUCCCUCAGUGCGCAGUGCAUGGGCCAAGAAGACCCUCUCCAAUUUGCAGCCUGAAGGGACGCUGUUGACGUGCAUCUUCCCGAUCUGCGACAAGGAAGGCGGUCCUCCAUUCGCAAUGUCCGUUCCCCUGGUGCGGUCGAUUCUGGAGCCUGAAGGUUUUCAGGCGGCCGAGAUUCGGGAGGAUGCAGCAAAGCACACUGCGGGUGGCUUCGCAGCAUCCACAGCCUUAGGAAGGGAUGAGCUUCAAGUCCGAGGGGUGAUCCAUGGUGAUCCAUUGGCAAUGGAAUUGACCAAAUAUGGUGGAUUCUUGCCGCGCUUGAUCGCGCUUUAUCGGGGUGUGUACCGCCGCGGGCCCACCGUGCGCUUUGCAGCCACUGUGAGUCUGCAAUGUGCUGGAAAGACCAAUGCUGGAAAGCUGGCUGGUGCGAUCUCCCAGCGGAUCCGCUCUGACAAUUUGGUGCAGAUUGAGAUGAUUGGUCCAGAAGCGGUGUAUACCGCAAUCAAGUCCGUCAUCAUCGCAGGGGAGUAUGCCAAACAGGAUAUCGAAGACAAAGUCCUAGCAGUACGGCAAGAGUUGGUGCAACUGAAAGACCGGGUGGCACCAAGUGGUCGAACCACCGACUCUACUGCGCCAAGCUGGCUGGAAUUCGGGUUGCGGAUGCAUGUGGCUGCCGUGGAGCCCUUCAAAGAGAUCGAUCAUGAGACCACCUACAUCAGUGGCGACACAAAUCCUGGUGUUGCUGCUGGGUUGCUUUGCAGGCUGGUUGAGACCAAGGGUAUGGCUCCAGUUGCAUGCAUGGGGACUGCAGCCACUUCCAAGGCCCUCAAGGCUUUUAUCAUCACAGAGGACUACCUGGGAAGAAACAACAACCUGGGUGACAAUGUCCUAGCAUUCCAAGUUCGGAAGGACUGGUUCAAAGAAAACGGUGAGGACCGCACUCGCUUGGUCUUCUUCUGCGGUCUUGUGCCACGGACAGUCUAUGCCGCCACGUGA